AUGAGCUCCCACAGUAAGGCGUCUGGUUUUAGCGAAGCUAUCGGCCUGAAGAGUGAGCAGGCAGUCCGUGGGAGCUCCGGAGCCCCGCGGGCACCUGGGCAAAGCUGGGAUUUGGGGCUGCCAGAAAGCGGUGAGGGCCGGGAGCAGGACCAAGGUGAAGGCAGAGGGGAGAGUGGGCCCUCAAGCCCGCAGACAUUUAACUUGCCAUUGGAGUUGGACUCCGAUUCGGAGCCUGAGCUGAGAAUGAUCCAGGAAGGAGAAGGGGUGCCCCCUGGCUGUGAAGCCCGGCCUACCACUCCUGCUUCUGACGGGGAGGGCCCUGUGGAUUCCAUGUCCCAGGUUGCUGAGGCGUGUGCAGCCAUCGUGCGGCUGCUGAGCGAUCCGGAAGCUGGGGCUUUGCGCAGAUUUCCAUACGCAGAAAGCACCUGUGCCGAAACGGGGGCCGUUUGUGUGCACUUUGAGGCAGAGCAGAGCAGUAAAGCUACGCUAGACCCCAGCUCUGUGGAAACACUCCAGGCUUGUGCUGCCCCUCCAUACAUGAGUGCUUCAGGGACAGGCCAGAUCUGGGACAGCAGAAAGAGAAGAGUAGACAGACCGCAUUUAAGCAUUAGCAUGAUUGUCCAGCGUGCCUGCAGGGAUGGCCUGGUGGGGCUGCCUUUCCGCCUUACCUCCUCCGAUGAUCUCGGGAUAAUACAGCCCAGGCGGGUGAGCAUUCCCCAGGAAAGAAGGGGCCUGUUCAAGUGCAGCAGCUCUGAAACACUGGUAGGGAGCCCCAGAGACUCAGUUUUCCUUAGCAGGGAGAAUUUCCCUCACAUUUCAGUCCGUCUGUUGACCUCCACUCUCUGGGGUUUCACUUGGACCAUGGAAAGACGGAGGGUACAAGAAAUGGCUUCCAUUAUCUCUAAGAAAAUGCAGAGUGUGGUUUCCAUUGAUGGAGAGGGUAGGCCCAGCUGCCCAGGUGCUGGUGCUGCUGCUGCUUCUGGUGCAGGGGGGCUGCCCCAUGCCACUCCCAAGAAGGAGUUGGCCCAGAAGCAGAAAUCCCUAGGGAUUGACACUAAAGUUGUCAUUGGGACAGCUUUUGCUCCAUGGGGGCACAGAGAGUCAAUAGCUCCCAUGGCAUCAGUCUCCUUCCCUAAAGUCUCACUGCCUGAGAAGCCCAGCACGGUUUCCCUGCUCCAUGGGGGAUCCAAAAAGUCCAAUCAGGGCUGUGCUAGGAAGAAACGUGGGACAAGGAGGAAGAGGGAUUUCCAGGCUGUGGUCAGAGGAGAUGGUGGCCUAAGCAGAGAUCCAGUCCCAAAGACCCAACUUCCAGCACACAUGCCAGGGACACCUUCCCAGUCCAGUCACCGUGGAGAAUUCAGCAGUGGGAACCCUAACACCAGAGACCACCCAGCUGGGACAAACUGCCAACCUUUGUCUCCCAGCCGGGGAGCCAUCAUACCCAGAAGCCCUGCACUCUCUGGUGAGCUGGAGCCACCUGUCCUUCCUCGAAGAUCAGAAAGGCAGCAGUUGCCACCUGGAAUAGAGGGCUGUCCUCAGUGUGUCAUACUACAGAAGGAAAUAGACGACCUAAGAAAGGAAUGUGAAAGGGACGGCUCACCAUACCUGGCAAGGAUUACAGACAUGUCGUUCAUCUCUGAGAUCCUGGCAUGGUAUUGCUGUUGGGAUGCAAUCAGCAACGUUGUGAGCCUGUUGGAGGCUCUCCCUGGUCAGGAGAAUCACCCAACUAUUCUAACUUUGCGAGAGGAGACUUGUCCCUCAGCUCUUAAGGCUGCUGAUGAAGAAAAAGUUAAUCCUGUUGUCGCUCUUUCCAUGGGGCUCUUACCAUGA